AUGGGCUUCCACAUUCGACCGCGAUUCGAAGCAAUGGAGGAUUAUUCUCCAGGUUAUGUCUACGGAAGUAUAGUCAGCCAAAGUAUCCUCUACGGACUGUUACUCGUACCCUCUGCAUGGGCGUUGUUACUCUGCAUGCGUCGCGGCUUCAAACGAAGGGCUACGCUCUGCAUGGCAUUCCUCACUCUGCUCAUGCUGGGAACGUCAACAGCAUACCUGGCUUCAUCCAUCGUUACCGCAGUGACAGGGUACUUCACCUCCUCACCUCAAGAUAUUUUCUUCAGAUCCGGAACCGCUCAGCUUUUCCUCCCGGCCGUCAAUUAUAUAGCGAGCGAUGCCAUAGUUCUCUGGCGCGCAUGGGCUCUGUGUACUACCAUAGGAUCUCGACAGGCCCACAUCAUCCUCAUACCGUCAGCGCUCUUGCUCGGCUCGUUUGUGGCCAUUAUCGUCAGCAUCAUCUGCGAGGUCUCGCAAGGUUAUCCGCUAUUUAUCACUUUUGACCCCGAUAUGGCCACGAACGGUCUAUUCGCUUCCUGGGUGCUGUCACUUGCCACGAAUAUAGCCGCAACUUGCAUCAUCCGAUUCAAAGCUUGGAAUCACCGAAAGUUCGUCAGUGCCAACCUCACUCAGCGUGACGGGAAGCUCAAGAGUGAGAGGAUUCUGGCUGUGAUCGUAGAGUCUGGUCUUCUAUACUGUAUAUUCUGGUUCGUUCUCCUCGUCAUCAACCUCGGCUUCUUCUUUGAGCCAGUGUAUGAGGGAGAGGUCGCAGCCUGGAAUCUGGGCAUGAUUCUCCAAGAUGACUCCGUGCAUAUCUCUGUAUGGCUCUUCCAUUCACCGUUCAUACUACCUUCUAAUUGCUAUGACAGGCGAUAUACCCCGCUGUUAUCAUCGUCUUGGUACACAAACACAUGA